CGGCAGGGGAGGAAGUGGGGAGACCCUCCGGCGUGCCUAGUGCUACUUUCCACAGAUAAAAGGUGAGCACCUACUGUGUGCCAGAGCUGUGGCUGGGAAUGAAAACUAGGUGGUAGUGCCGGCCGUGAUAGAGUCGGGCCGGGGGCUGAAAGACGCAUGGCUUCCGGGGACGCCACAGACAACCCAGGAUUUCUCCGUGUAGACGUCUGCGUUCGUAGCCCGGAAUCUCUGGGUAGCGUCCAGGGUUGUGGCCUGUGUCUGCCGGUCUUUAUUCAGCCUACCGGCUUGCCCCUCUCAUGCAUGGUGUUUUACCUGGAGUUAUUUGCUCCUCCCUGAAUGCACGUGCUGCUUUUUCUGUGGGAGCCUUGUUCUUUCCAUAGUGCUCCAGUGCCCAAGGGAUCAUGUCACAUCAUCCCCAAGAAUCAUUCCCAAGGCUGCUGAGGACAGUGCUCACCGUGUGGUGCCCGAGUCCACGGGAAAAGAGUCUUUGGAAGCUCUCGAGAAUGGAAUGUAGCUGAAUGGGCUGUGGUUCCAUGUUGGGUGAGGCCACAGAGAAUUGAUGAAGGAUGUACAUUUGGGGAAGUCUUCAAUGGGGAGUAUCUUAGCAUCUGUUCCCCCAGAUGCAGCCUUGGCUGUGGACAGUUUAUGGGAUGGUGAUCCCAGGCAGCAGAAGUGAGGGAGUGGGGAGGUGCGAUAGGGACGGAAGAGAGCCAAGGGUUUGUUGUUGGGCUCACUCCUUUAGUCAGUGAAACCUCGGCUCUUCCAGAAUCUUGAAGCUUCAAAUGGCUUCCAGAAUUGUCCACCCAAGUCAGGAGCCCAGAGUGGUCAUGUGUUGGCUCCCAUCCCUCAUUGGUUGAGGGUUGCCCUCCGCCAUAUUGAACCGUCUUCACUUCUGGGCUGCAGGGGCUCAGCUAGGUCGCCAAAGGACACCCUGUGCAGCAGAGGUGGGAUGCUGGAAGACCAGGUAAGUGUGAGCUGCCCUCUGUAGCUGCUGCCAGAGUCGGGUGUGGGCCAAGGGGACACAGCGAGAGCCCCACUGGCAUUUCAGUCAGGGAACCAGAACUCGCACAAAGCACAAACUGGUCUCUGGUGUCCGUCCAAGAGGGAGGAGGGUGCAUAGUGUUCCGUCCCCCACUGUCUUACUCGUAUUUUUCUUUCACUGCCCCAUAUUGCUCAUUCCUCCACCCCCUUUUCUCCCUGGCGCCUCCUUUCCACAGCCAUGCUCCUCAAGGAGAGGCUCUAUCUCCCUGGGAGGGGCUUCGAAUUUAGAGAUGCAAACGUUGCCUAGUCUGAUCUCCCAGGUGUUGCAGACUCUUCCCCACAGUGUGACAAAUGGUAUCUGAAGCUUCCUUGAAAACCGUCAUCGGAAAUGCAUCACCAAAAACCACCCUUUCCUUGUUGGACAGCUCUGACUGCUGGAAAUUUCUCUCUUCUGCUGAAAUCUGUUGCUGACUUGUACCCACUGGUUCUCGCCUGGCUUUUUGGAGCACAGCUGUGCAGGUCUCCUUUGUCCCCUAGGGUAGGCCCUUUCUCUGCUACAGGCCUAUCAGGCUCAUAAAAUAAGGAGGCACGGACCCAUCCUGCAGGAGAGUCACAGCACAGUGAGGCAUCCGAAUAGAAAAUCGCAAAGCAGUAUGGGAAGUCCAGCCAUUGCUGUGGUGGUAUGUUGGUUAUGUGUGUGUGUGUGCGUGUGUGUGUGCCUUUCAGUUUGUCAUUUGGACAAGCAGAGGAUGUGGCGUGGGGGUGUUGUGUGUUACCUGUGUGCAAGGUACAGAGGGGUAUUUGGUCAACUUGUCACCCAGUAUUGUAGCCCAAAGGGGUGAGCAGUAGGUACUCGUGGGUGUGUAUUUGAGUCACGGCCUUGAGGGUUCAGGGGUCGCGGGAGAGAAGAUUUAUAGCAGAUCUUGGCGUGCUUUAUCUGGUACUUUCUCCUAGUGCAGACGGGAGGGAAGCCACGGAAGGGUUUGAAGGGGUGCAGUGACAGGGACAGAUGUGAAUUUUGAAACGAUUCACUCUGGGAUCAGGAAGGAGAAUGGUUUGGAGGUGUGUCCGUCAAGAUGACUUUUAGCAGAGGCACCAACUGAAGACGUGUUUGAGGAUGAGGAUGGCUGUUCAUUGGGGUAAAGAGGCAUCUGGGGACCAGUGGUUCCAGGGCGGGCUCAGCCGCCAUCACAGUCUCAGGACCGUGUUUCCCUUUGAGAUCCUCGAGGCAUUGACCCGUCUUUCGCUUGCUCUCCUGUAGUUCCUGGGUGUUUACCUCUGUUCUAAGCAGUGCACACGGCAAUGCCUGGCCGAAGAAGAGGGACGUUUCUUUCUUCUUAGGGAAGAAAGCUGCUCCCAGAAGCCCCCUGGCAGCCUCUCCCCCAGACCUCCUUCGCCACAUGAGGUCCUGUAGCCCCAGCGGCCGGGUGGCUGUCCCCGGAGCGGGAGGGGCACUGCCCUUGAGGCAGGCAUGGGCACCGGGGGUGGGUCUGGUGGCCGGAGCGAGGGCACUGAUGGGGGAGGUGAGAUUCUUACCGUCUCCCCUCCUCCCCCUGGGCCAACCCAGGCUCUUCCAGAUCCUUAUGUGCUCUGUCCACCGUCCUCAUGGUGCUCAGCUCUGCAGCGCGUUCCAACAUAGGAUGCCGGCAGCAGAGUCAGGAUCUAGCUUAUCCAGGGCACAGCCAGGAGCUCCCUUCUGCUUGUGCAGGCUAACGCUGUGUGUGUACUUUUGGUUUUUUAAGUUGAUUCGUGCUGUUAACCCGGGUUCUGCUUAUGGCAGGCUCAAAUUCACAGGGUGCUGCUCUUGUUGUUGUCGUACGUGAACAUAUCUCUUCCUGCUGUGUCGCUCAUGAAUUGAAUUGUAUCCCUUGGUGAGUCUGUUUAUAAAGUGAAGCAUGAUUUUAAAUGCAAACAGUCCCUUGGUAAGUUGUUCUUGCCUCUUCAUAGCAUCCAGUAUAUUCUCCUGUUGCUUAUGCACACGUGUCACCCACGUGACUGUGACGCAGGCAACUUUAGGCUCUUUGAAAUGUUUUUAAUACAGCCACUAAAAAAUGAUCUAAAAACAUUCCCGUCAGGCCUGAUGCAGGUCAGACGUCACAGGAUGUAAGCACUGGCAGUGACUUCGCAGGUCACUCGUUUUGCCCUGUUUCUUCUGCUCCUCAGGGGUCGUCUUGCUCUUCAAGGGGUGGACCUAUAUGAUGGUCCUUGACUUCUCCCCUUUGGCCUUGGACAGUAAUGCACAGUCUGUGUGAUUCACGAUCUCAUCUGCUGGUUUUUCUCUUCGCUUCAAUGUUAACAGGCUUAGUACUGACGCUAAUUACGUGACUAAGGACCUGCUCCGGUCUAUUAAAUUCCCUAAGACUGCUUCCACCAGGUUGAAACAUGUUCCAAGUACUUGGUCUGUGGGGACAAACGUGUUUGUCUUGAUCAGUCUGCCCCAUUAGCCACGUUUUUUUCCUGGCGUCAUCUUGGGAGCGCUUUCCUCCCCCCAGCAGCCUUCCCCAAGAGUUUGUGUCUCCGCAUUUUAUCUUGUCCCGUUGGUUGGUACAUUUAUGUGCGGGUCUGGCUGUCGGCCGACCUGCAUCGUGGGAAGCAGGGACGUACAGAGCCGCCUCAGGCCGUCUCCCCUUUGGUUUCUCCCGUUUUCUCCAGCUUCUGCCUUAUCACUGCACCGUUCUGACCUCACCUGCGUGAUGCCCCAUGCCGGCGCUUUCCGGGCCCCUACUGUCCAUCCGCCUGUGCGUCUGUCCUGCAGCCAUGCACCCGACCCGCGUGCGUCUCUGCCAAAGGGCUGUGUUCCUUCCACUUGUCAUGACGUCCCGAAGAAGGGAUUCUGGGGCAGGUGAUGAAUCUGACCUUGAACUGGAAAGGAAGUAUAAGGAGGAUGAUCGAGAAAAGACUCCAAGGAGGCCGCGGACACAGAGGACGGAGAAAGUCCAGAAGGUCUCCUCGGGAAAGGAGGCCGGGCAGGUUUCCGGAGCGAAGAAGCCCAUCAUAAGUGUGGUUUUAACGGCACACGAAGCUAUUCCAGGUGCCACCAAGAUCGUUCCAGUGGAGGCCGGGCCCCCGGAGACGGGCACUGCAAACCCCGAGGCCACCCCGGCCGACCUGGCGCCUCGGAGAGGGUACCAGGAGUACGCCAUUCAGCAGACGCCAUACGAGCAGCCCAUGAAGUCCAGCAGGCUAGGGCCCACCCAGCUCAAGAUCUUCACCUGCGAGUACUGCAACAAGGUGUUCAAGUUCAAGCACUCGCUGCAGGCGCACCUGAGGAUCCACACCAACGAGAAGCCGUACCAGUGCCCCCAGUGCAGCUACGCCAGCGCCAUCAAGGCCAACCUGAACGUGCACCUGCGCAAGCACACGGGCGAGAAGUUCGCCUGCGACUACUGCGCCUUCACCUGCCUGAGCAAAGGGCACCUGAAGGUGCACGUGGAGCGCGUGCAUAAGAAGGUCAAGCAGCACUGCCGCUUCUGCAAGAAGAAGUACUCCGACGUCAAGAACCUCAUCAAGCACGUCCGGCACGCGCACGACCCGCAGGACCGGAAGGUGCAGGAGGCCCUGGAGGAGCUCUGCCUGCUCACCAGGGAGGGCAAGCGGCAGCUGCUGUACGACUGCCACAUCUGCGAGCGCAAGUUCAAGAACGAGCUGGACCGCGACCGCCACAUGCUGGUGCACGGGGACAAGUGGCCCUUCGCCUGCGAGCUGUGCGGCCACGGGGCCACCAAGUACCAGGCGCUGGAGCUGCACGUGCGGAAGCACCCGUUUGUGUACGUGUGCGCGCUGUGCCUCAAGAAGUUCGUCAGCUCCAUCCGGCUGCGCUCGCACAUCAGGGAGGCGCACGGGGCGGCGCAGGAGGGCGGGCUCUUCACCAGCUCCAUCAACCAGAGCUUCUGCCUCCUGGAGCCGGGCGGGGACAUCCAGCAGGAAGCGCUGGGGGGCCAGGCGCAGCUGGCGGAGGAGGAGUUUGUGUUCCCGGGCGUGAAUGCGCCCAAGGGGGCGGCCUGCCCCGCAGACGCUGGGCCCCACGAGGGGGCCGGGAAGGAGCCGGAGGCCGCCGCGGCGCAGGAGCCCGCCCCGCCCACGCACUUGGCCGUCCCCCAGGCCCAGGGGGCCGCCCUGCCACCCUGCGGGCUGGAAGCAGCCGCCGACGCCUCGGACCUUCCUUCGCAGGCGGUGGUCUCCGAGGAGUUUUUACUGAAAAAUGAUCCCUCCUCUGCGGAGGCUCGCACCGCCCCCGGGGAGACCUUGGACGCCCGGCGCGGAGCCUCCUCCCAGACUCAGGGUGAAGAAGUCCCAUCACUGCCAUCCAAGGCCGGAAGUGCGGGAGCGAACCUGGACGCGCGGGGGGCCGAGAGCCCCCCAGAGGCAGGGCAGAAAAUGGCUGCCCUCCCGUCCGAGGGACCAGAUCCUAGUAGGUGUCUCAGGUCAAACCCAGGCGAGGCCUCGGACCUUCCUCCGGUAGCAGGUGGAGGGGACGUGGCCCUGCCCCAGCCUGACUCUUGCAGCCCGGCCUCCGAGCACCGGGCCGGCAUCAGUGCGUUCAUGAAGAUCCUGGAUGGCUUACAGAAGAGAAGGAUGAACACCGGCUUGUGCGAGAGGAUCCGGAAGGUGUACGGGGACCUGGAGUGUGAAUACUGCGGCAAACUUUUUUGGUACCAAGUGCACUUUGACAUGCACGUGCGCACCCACACCCGGGAGCACCUGUAUCACUGCUCCCAGUGCCAUUAUUCCUCCAUCACCAAAAACUGCCUUAAACGCCACGUUAUUCAGAAACACAGUAACGUCCUGCUGAAGUGUCCCACCGAUGGCUGCAACUACUCAACUCCAGAUAAAUACAAGCUGCAGGCACAUCUUAAAGUUCACACAGAACUGGACAAAAGGAGUUAUUCUUGUCCUGUGUGUGAAAAGUCUUUUUCAGAAGAUCGAUUGAUCAAGUCACAUAUCAAGACCAACCAUCCUGAGGUCUCCAUGAGCACUAUUUCCGAGGUUCUCGGGAGGAGGGUUCAGCUGAAAGGGCUGAUUGGAAAGAGAGCCAUGAAGUGCCCGUAUUGUGAUUUCUAUUUCAUGAAGAACGGCUCAGACCUUCAGCGUCAUAUUUGGGCUCACGAAGGUGUGAAACCCUUCAAAUGUUCUUUGUGCGAGUAUGCAACUCGCAGCAAGAGUAACCUCAAGGCUCACAUGAACCGUCACAGCACUGAGAAAACCCACCUGUGUGACAUGUGUGGCAAGAAAUUCAAAUCAAAAGGGACGUUGAAGAGUCACAAGCUCCUUCACACUGCUGACGGGAAGCAGUUCAAGUGCACGGUGUGUGACUACACGGCAGCCCAGAAGCCCCAGCUGCUGCGGCACAUGGAACAGCACGCCUCCUUCAAGCCCUUCCGCUGUGCCCAUUGCCAUUACUCCUGUAACAUAUCCGGCUCCCUGAAACGGCACUACAACAGGAAGCACCCCAACGAGGAAUACGCCAACGUGGGCACCGGGGAGCUGGCGGCCGACGCACUCGUCCAGCAAGGUGGUUUGAAGUGCCCGGUGUGCAGCUUUGUGUAUGGCACCAAGUGGGAGUUCAACAGACACUUGAAGAACAAGCAUGGCCUGAAGUUGGUGGAAAACGAAGGAGAUCCCAAGUGGGAGCCAGCAACAGAAGCCCCUGAGGAGCCCUCCACCCAGUACGUGCACAUCACAGAAGCCGAAGAGGACGUUCAGGGCACGCAGGCAGCCGUGGCGGCGCUCCAGGAUCUGAGAUACACUUCCGAGAGCGGGGACCGACUUGACCCCACGGCUGUGAACAUCCUCCAGCAGAUCAUCGAGCUGGGCACCGAGGCCCAUGAUGCCACCGCUGUGGCCUCGGUGGUUGCCAUGGCUCCAGGGACAGUGACUGUCGUGAAACAGGUCACGGACGAGGAGCCCAGCUCCAACCACACGGUCAUGAUCCAGGAGACCCUCCAGCAGGCCUCCGUGGAGCUGGCUGAGGAGCACCACCUCGUGGUGUCCUCUGACGACGUGGAGGGCAUCGAGACGGUGACCGUCUACACUCAGGGCGGGGAGGCCUCGGAGUUCAUCGUCUACGUGCAGGAGGCCGUGCAGCCCGUGGAGGAGCAGGCGGUGGGGCCGCAGGCCCAGGAGCUCUAGGGGACACGCGGCGGCGGCUGGACGCCACGGGGCGGGCCUGCCAGGCUCUCCGCGGGACGGCACCCUUGGUGGCUCUCUCCUCCACGGUCCCCACCCAGGCGGUCAGAUGGGGCUCCCCUCGUCCCCCUUUGGGGGGGCAAGGCGACCGGCAUCACCAGCAAUACAGGACCCCCCGUUCCCAGCACAAACACACACACCCCUCCCUCUGUGUCCUCUGCUUCCGGAAAGACUAGGCAUCGACUUUCCACACAGCCCACGCCGCAUCGCCCCUUUGCUUCGGGAUUCAUGCAGGGACCCAGUGCCCGUCAGUGUCUGCCCCGAAUCACACCCCCAACUCCCUGACCCCGUGCAGGUGCCCAGCCUUCCUCUGGGACUGCUCUGUGGCCUGAAUGAUGGGAGGGAGCCAGCCGGCACGGAGAAAGUGACCUUCUGGUUUGGAAUCCCCUCCCGGGGAAAAGAUGGGAGGGGAUCCUGGCUUUAUCCGCAAGGUCCUACUCCCCCACGUCCCCAAGUGUCGAGGGCACUUGUUACUGCUUGCGGGAACCACGGUUGAGGACCUCUUGUUCCCGCGACAGGCGGGGUCUUAGCUUACGUCUUAGAAUCCUGCUUUUUUUAAAAAAAAAAUGCACUUUUUACUAUUCACCUCCCGUUCUAUGAGAUGUGGUGGGUAGAAUAAAAACAUUCUCGGCCUGA